GUUUUGUAUCCGGAUUCUUAGCGCGGACUCAGAGCUCCGCUUUUGCCUUCGCGGUUGGCACAUGCGCGACAGCUCUUUUCCUUCUUCCUUCACUUCCACCAGCUUCCGCCGUCCCGGGAGCCUCCGCCGCCGCCGCUGAGGAGUCAGGAAGUUCAAGAUGGCCGCCACGGAGCCUCAGUCGCUGCGGGACCAGCCAGAGGUGGAAGAUGCUGAUAAUUCUGAGAAGAGUAUAAAUGAAGAAAAUGGAGAGGUGUCAGAAGACCAAUCUCAAAACAAGCACAGUCGUCACAAAAAAAAGAAGCAUAAACACAGAAGUAAACAUAAGAAACAUAAACAUUCUUCAGAAGAGGACAAGGAUAAAAAACAUAAACAUAAGCAUAAACAUAAGAAACACAAAAGGAAAGAAGUUAUUGAUGCUUCUGAUAAAGAAGGUAUGUCUCCAGCAAAAAGAACUAAACUUGAUGAUUUAGCUUUGCUAGAAGACUUAGAAAAACAGCGAGCCUUGAUUAAAGCUGAACUUGACAAUGAGUUAAUGGAAGGAAAGGUCCAGUCUGGGAUGGGGCUCAUUUUACAAGGUUAUGAGUCUGGCUCUGAAGAAGAGGGGGAGAUUCAUGAGAAGACAAGAAAUGGAAAUAGGUCUAGUACUAGAUCUUCAAGUACCAAGGGGAAACUUGAACUUGUGGACAAUAAAAAUACUGCAAAAAAACGAAGUAAAAGCAGAUCCAAAGAACGGACUAGACAUAGGUCUGAUAAAAAGAAAAGUAAGGGAGGUAUUGAAGCAGUUAAAGAAAAAACAACUAGGAGCAAGUCAAAGGAGAGGAAAAAGUCUAAAAGUCCAUCCAAAAGAAGUAAGUCUCAAGAUCAAGCAAGAAAAUCAAAAUCCCCUACCCUUAGAAGGCGAUCUCAAGAGAAAAUUGGGAAGGCCAGAUCUCCUAAUGAUGAUAAGGUUAAAAUUGAAGAUAAAAGCAAGUCAAAAGAUAGGAAAAAAUCCCCAAUUAUAAAUGAACGAAGUCGGGAUCGAGGUAAAAAAUCCAGAUCUCCGGUUGACUUAAGAGGUAAAUCCAAAGACAGAAGGUCACGGUCCAAAGAGAGAAAAUCAAAACGGUCUGAAACUGAUAAGGAAAAGAAACCAAUUAAAUCUCCCUCUAAAGAUGCUUCAUCUGGAAAAGAAAAUAGAUCACCCAGUAGAAGACCUGGUCGUAGUCCUAAAAGAAGGAGUUUGUCUCCAAAACAACGUGAUAAAUCGAGAAGAAGUAGAUCUCCACUUGUAAAUGAUAGAAGAUCUAAGCAGAGCAAAUCACCCUCUCGAACUGUGUCCCCUGGUAGGAGGGCUAAGAGCCGAUCCUUAGAAAGAAAACGAAGAGAACCAGAGAGGAGACGACUUUCUUCUCCAAGAACACGACCUCGAGAUGAUAUCCUCAGUAGACAUGAAAGAUCAAAAGAUGCCAGCCCCAUCAAUAGGUGGUCUCCAACCCGAAGAAGAAGCAGAUCUCCCAUUAGAAGGAGAUCUCGUUCCCCACUCAGACGUAGCAGGUCUCCAAGAAGAAGAAGCAGGUCUCCUCGAAGAAGGGACAGAGGUCGGAGGAGCAGAUCUCGCUUGAGAAGGAGGUCUCGAUCACGGGGUGGUCGUAGACGAAGGAGCAGAAGCAAAGUAAAGGAAGAUAAAUUCAAAGGAAGUCUUUCUGAAGGAAUGAAAGUUGAGCAAGAAUCUUCAUCUGAUGAUAACCUUGAAGACUUUGAUGUAGAAGAAGAAGAUGAAGAAGCCCUAAUAGAACAGAGAAGAAUCCAAAGGCAAGCGAUUGUUCAGAAAUAUAAAUAUCUUGCUGAAGAUAGCAAUAUGUCUGUGCCAUCUGAACCAAGCAGUCCCCAGAGCAGUACUAGAACACGAUCACCUUCUCCAGAUGACAUUCUGGAGCGGGUAGCUGCUGAUGUUAAAGAGUAUGAACGGGAAAAUGUUGAUACGUUUGAGGCCUCCGUAAAAGCCAAGCAUAAUCUAAUGACAGUUGAGCAGAAUAAUGGUUCAUCUCAGAAGAAGCUCUUGGCACCUGAUAUGUUUACAGAAUCUGAUGAUAUGUUUGCUGCGUAUUUUGAUAGUGCUCGUCUUCGGGCUGCUGGCAUUGGAAAAGAUUUCAAAGAGAAUCCCAACCUUAGAGACAACUGGACUGAUGCAGAAGGCUAUUAUCGUGUGAACAUAGGUGAAGUCCUAGAUAAACGUUACAAUGUGUACGGCUACACUGGACAAGGUGUAUUCAGUAAUGUUGUACGAGCCAGAGAUAAUGCAAGAGCCAACCAAGAAGUGGCUGUAAAGAUUAUCAGAAACAAUGAGCUCAUGCAAAAGACUGGUUUAAAAGAACUAGAGUUUUUGAAAAAACUUAAUGAUGCUGAUCCUGAUGACAAAUUUCAUUGUCUGCGACUCUUCAGACACUUUUAUCACAAACAGCAUCUCUGUCUUGUAUUUGAGCCUCUCAGUAUGAAUUUACGAGAGGUGUUAAAAAAAUAUGGUAAGGAUGUUGGUCUUCAUAUUAAGGCUGUAAGAUCCUAUAGUCAACAGCUGUUCCUGGCAUUGAAACUGCUUAAAAGAUGCAAUAUCCUACAUGCAGAUAUUAAGCCAGACAAUAUCCUGGUUAAUGAAUCAAAAACUAUUUUAAAGCUUUGCGAUUUUGGGUCAGCUUCACAUGUUGCAGAUAACGACAUAACGCCUUAUCUUGUCAGUAGAUUUUAUCGUGCUCCUGAAAUCAUUAUAGGUAAAAGCUAUGACUAUGGUAUAGAUAUGUGGUCUGUAGGUUGUACCUUAUAUGAACUCUAUACUGGAAAAAUUUUAUUUGCUGGCAAAACCAAUAACCAUAUGUUGAAGCUCGCUAUGGAUCUCAAAGGAAAGAUGCCAAAUAAGAUGAUUCGGAAAGGCGUAUUUAAAGACCAACAUUUUGAUCAAAAUCUCAACUUCAUGUACAUAGAAGUUGAUAAAGUAACAGAGAGGGAGAAAGUUACUGUUAUGAGCACCAUUAAUCCAACUAAGGACCUGUUGGCUGACUUGAUUGGGUGCCAGCGACUUCCUGAAGACCAACGUAAAAAAGUACACCAGCUAAAGGACUUGUUGGACCAGAUCCUAAUGUUGGACCCAGCUAAACGAAUUAGCAUCAACCAGGCCCUACAGCAUGCCUUCAUUCAGGAAAAAAUUUAAACGAGAUGAAGAAACUCCAAGGGUUUAAGUAAUUAAAUACAAAGACUGAAGAAAUUUCACAGCAGUUUAUUAAUGUAUAUAAACUUAUAAAUAUUUCUCCAGCAAAUUUGAGGAAGCAUGAUAUAUUUGAAUUAACACCAAGGGUGAUAUUUCUUUUAGAAAUGUUAGUUAAUCUGUUUUGUGUCUUAUGUGAAAUUUCACUGUAGAACUGUUUUAAUUGCCAAGACUGCACAAAAUUACAGUGCUAAUGUAUAUGGUUGCAGUUCACAUAAAGGACAGAAGCAUCUGUUAUAAAAUGAGUAGUAAUACUGGGUGGUUGAUUUGUUUUUAGCAGACUUGGCUUCAUUUUGGUCUUCAGAUAAAAUGGCCAGCGUAAAUGCUGUUUAUAUUCACGUUUUCCUAGGUGUGUGUGUGCAGGCCACAGCAGCAUGCCCUUGGUGUAGUCAGUGCCGAAAGGGGUCUGUUCCUUCUUGAGCCUGCCUGCAGGGAUGGUCUCCUCUUUUAAAGCAGGUUGUGUACAACAUUCAGUACACUGAAGGUAAGCUAAACCAUCAACAUCACUGGUGUUUUAAGAUGUUAUUUUAUUGGAACAAUUGACAAAUGAGGGAUAUUAGCUUUGUGGCAGAAUUCCCUGCAUGUGUGAUAACUGAUCUUGUUUUAUUUUUUGGCAUUGCAACUGUGGCAUAGUUACAAUUUCUGUUCUGUUCAUCACAUUUAAAAUUGGAAGAGUACGCGCUUGAUGGAUAGAGCGCCUUCAGUGUACUGUUUCUUAUUAACUUUACUUUUUUAAAAUCAACUUGCUAUAGACUUUAUAUACAUUUUGUUAAAUACAGUUCCUAGUGACAUAGACAAUGCGUAGUUUUCAUUUACUAAUUAUAAAUCUUGAGGCCCAUUCUAAAAGUCCUCAUAUUUAAAGGUUAGAUAGACAACGUAAUGAAAUUUUUAACUAUUUGUAUGUCAUUUUGAAAGUGUACUGCUUUAUGGUAAAAGUGUUUUUCAUUUGUUCAUUGUUUUCAUUAUUUGUGAUCAUGUUGUCUUUCAAUACAGGCAUAAACCUUCCACUCUUGAACAAAGCAGCUGCUUUUUAAAAGCGGUAAUUGCUUCUUUACCUUUUAUUUCUUUUGUAAAUGAAGCUUUUCUUUAAGAAUGUGACUUUAAAGUGUUGUCUAUUGCAUAAAACAGUUGACACUCACUUAUUGUAAAGUGAAGAUUGUUCUACUGCAUGUGAAGUGGACCAUGCAGAUUUCUGUAUGUUCUCAGUAUGCAUCACUAGAUAAUAAAGUCUUUUGUGAACAAGGCAUUUGUAGCCAUUUUUAAAAGUUUUUGUCUUCAGUGCUGGUAAGUCAGGUAAACCAUAAAUAAUAGUUAAAAGCUAACUUUGGUUUUUUCUUGAAAGUCUUUACUUGAAAGUAUUGUUUGUUAAAGACGUAAACCUAGCCAAAAGUUUAUCCUUUUUUUAAUAAUUAGAAUCCUAAUUAUUUCAUCAAAAAAUCCUACAAAUAUUGUCAGUUUUCAGUGUAGUGAGGUUAUUCCUGUAGGUUAUGGGGUAUAAUUCAGGAUUUAACUAAUGUUUCUGCUAUUUUCUCACUUUUCCUUUUGAUGGUGCGGAAAGAGAAAAAGGAAAACGGGGCACAGGCCAUUCCACGCCUUCUCCAAGGGGUCUGAUUUGCUGAGACACCAGCUUCACCUUCUUAACAAGGCACCUAAUUACAACAAGCAUGCACAUUUUGGUGCAUUCAAGAAUGGAAAAUCAGAAUAGCAGCAUUCUUCUGGUGGGUUUUGCUCCAUUUAAAGACAUGAAAUGAACUACAGCCAGGAAGGUGAUAGAUGAUUUAAUAAGCCAACUCUGAGCCUACACCCGUCUCUUCAUGGUUUAGACUUACUAAAAUAAAUACAAGGUGAUUUUCAUCUUCAGGUAGAGUGAAGCCUUUUACACAAGGCAUCACAGGUGCAGCUUUUCCACCUUAAUGAAAUGGGUAGUGAUUUUCCCACCAUUAUUUAUUUUGGUGAUAAUAUGCUGCAUAUUCAAGCAUUUUGUAGUUACUUUCACUUGAAAUAGUUAACAUUUUGAUGCUGCUGGUGAUAUGUAUGGCUUUAUUUUAUGUAAUUUAAGUAAGUUAACUUCCACUAGAAACAGUUCAUCUUAAGCCUUCAAAACUAUUACCUAUUCUUUAAAAAACAAAGUUGCUUGUUACUUGUUCUUUGUGUUUUAGGUGCAGCUCAGUGGAAGAUGAUGACAACCAGAAGACAUGAGCUAAGGUUUCUGUCCUAUAAAAGAUUAAAAAAAAAAAAGAAUCCUCCAUUUAGUUUUUGUCUAAUUUUUUAAUUUUCAGCAUUAUGAUUUGGGUUUCAUUAGUGUUUGGUAUUUAGAUAAUAGUGCUAUUGUGGUGUUCAUCUGUAAAGUGCUUGUUUUAUCAUACUUCCUGCCUCUCCCCUAAUUCCUCCUUCCCUAGAACAAAAAUAGUGGUCAAAUUUAGUGAUAUAAAAGGCUCUUAGAUGGUGAGUUUCCAUAUAACACAUGGUUGUCAAAAUUGGAUCCUAAGGAUUAUUAGAAAAACAGCAACCGUCAGAAUAGCUUGUAUCUAAUGUAGUCUUCAGCUGUAGGCAGAUGCAGAAGAAACUGAAAUUUUAGGAACACUGUUUAACUCCUUUAAUAUCUGUUUCUCCAACUUACCCUUUAGUGACCUUGUUUUUAACAAAUGCUCCAGUCUUAGACAAAAUAUUCUGAAACUGCCAUUGUCAGUUUCUGUUCUUAAGAGAAAUGGGAAAGGUGAUACUGCAGAUUUUUUAUAUUCGCAAAUUUAGCAUUUCUAGACUUAUGUAUUUAAAGGAACCCUAUAAACGUUCUUAUAUUCAUGAUUUUAUUAGAAUUUGUAAUUUGGCUGAGGCAGAAAUUUGGAACUCUGCAAGACCUCUGUUAGGUUGAGGUCAUUUAGUGAAUGAUCCUUCUUAACAAACUGCAUUCAUGUUUCAGAGUAACUGUAUAGUUUGCAAGUAUAAUUAUCUGUCAUGAAGUUUUUUCUUAUACUUCAUGGAAAAAAUGAUAGCAAGUGUCAGACUUGAGGGUUCAUAAAAGUCUUAGGUGUAGCUCUCAAAGAUGUCGUAGUUCUGCGGUUGAGAUCUAGAAAGCAUAUACAUUUUAGAUACUCUGGUACUUCUUGAAGGUCAUCAGAAAUGAGGUUAGAAUUUGAAAGUUUUGAGCAAGGGGAGCAUCUUGUCUUAAGUAAGACCCUCUUGGUAUUUAUAUUUGUCCUUUAAAUCCUUAUUAAUAAUAUCCCAUUUCUUCAUUCCCCAGUGGCUAUCUCAUUUCCCUCUUUCUCUCAAAAUAAUUUUGUUUUAAAAUACAAUUUUUAUCUUACCACCAUAGUUAUCACUUUUUUCCUAACAAAAAUAAGUACUCAGGACAUUUUUACAGUAUUAAACAUUUGUAUAAUGUUUUAUGGUAUGUGGGUAGAGGUAGUGAAAUGUAAUAUUCUCAGUUUUUUUCCAUAUUUGCAUUCUUCCUAUGUUUUACCUGUAUAUUAUCAUCAUUUGUAAGCAGAACUCUAGCUGUGUGUGAGUAGAAAUAAAAUCUCUGAAAUGAAAACAAAGAAAUCAACAUAUAUUAAGAUUUAGGCCAAGCGGUUUAGGAAUGCCUUUUAAUUGCUGGAGAUAGGAAAGAAGCCAUAGAUUCAAAUGUGUAAUUUCCCUCCUGUAGUUAUAAUGACAUCAUUACCAAUUUGGCUUCGUAAAUGUUUCUUUCUCAGUAGUGUCCUAGUUCCCAGCUUAUAUGCAACAUGAAUUUUAUCAUUCUCCUUCUAGAUGGAAUGUCCUCCUUAUAGAAAUGUUCACAGCAAAUUCAUUUGUUUUUACAUGUCAGUAAUGCACACCAAAUUGACUUUAAAAUGUUUUCCAGUUAUUUUGAUAGAUGAUAUUAUGGCAUCCUUAAUUUUUCUUCUCCUUCUGUAUAUAGGGUAAGGGACUGUUCUUCUGAGGAACCUUUCCAUUUAGUGAUCAAGAUAUAUGGAAGCUGAUCUCUGAAAGUGCUCAAAUUGUGUGUCCUAAUUGUUCAUGGUAUAGUUGAAUUGUAAAUUGCAUUUUAGCAGUGCAUGUUGCCAAUAAACUUAUUGGGAAACUUAAUAAAAUAUACCUCCUCUUA